AUGUCCUCCACAAUACCUAAGGUCGUCCAAGUUGGCGAUACCUAUCACGUUGAAGGACGUCCACGAGAGGACUUCAAGAUUCUGAAUGUCUACCAUCCAUCCAAUAUUCCAGGGAAAGCUGUCGUCAUCAUCUCGAUCGAUAUGGUUCCUAACGCAGCUACACCUCCGCAUACCCACUCGGGUGCAGCAGCCAUUGCGAUCAUGAUUGAUGGUGUUGCGUUGAAUCAGAUGAACUGCGAUGAUCCUAUCGUCUCCCAGAAAGGAGAUAUGUGGUAUGAGGCCCCCGGCUGUCAUCACGCUCGAUCGGAGAACAAUGGAUCGGAAAAAGCUAAGUUCUUGGCCGUUCUUAUUAUUGACGAUGAAGUUAUCAAGGAUGGGUUUCACAAUAUCGUUGUUUUAGAUGCUGAGCAAGAGGGUACUGCUGCCGCCUGA